UCAAGUUUGCUUUUAUAAAAAUUAACAGACCAGAGACAAUCGGACCGGUUUUAUGUCAAGGCAUAUUUUUAUAUUUUGUGCAACGUUUAAGUUUAUUUAAUACGCAAAAACACAUUUUCUAAUUAUCAAUCAAUAAUAAAGAUAUAAAUAUAAUUAAAAAGUUAAAAUAAUUAUCGAAAUUAUUACGAUAUUUCGAUUUUCGAAUAAUACGAAAUUUCUGGGAUAACAAGUGUUAAUAAAAAAUAAAUUAAUAAUUUUUGUAUUUAUUAAUUAUAAGAUAAAUAAAAUUACAUGACGUUGUUAAAAUUUUUUUUAUCAAAUUAAAAACAUUUUUUUUCAUACAAUAAAAAAUUUCUUUUUAUUGAAUUGUGCUAAAAAAAAACAACUGGAAUUAUUAUUCAAAAUCAUAAUUAAACAAAUAAGAAUUUACAUUUAAAAUUAAUUAAUCACAGUCAAUCAAUGGAUCAAAUUGAAAGAGAUGUGAUGAAAAGAAUCUAAAAAUUUUACAGACAAUUAUAUCAACCACAAUUUCAACAGCUUCAAAAUGGAUUCUGAAAUUGAAAUAUUAAAAAAAAAGUUAUGUUCAACAAGUUCAGCAUCAAGUACAUGCUCUGAAAGUUCAACAACAUCAUCAGAUUCUGGAUUAGAAAAAUCAUGUUCCGAAAUAAAUGAAAAAAUUGAAAAAUAUUUUAAUAAAAAAAUUAUUGACGAUGAAAAUAUAAGACGUAAAGUAUCAGUAGAAUCAAAAACAUCAACACUUGAAUCAAUUGAUUCAUCAUCUUCAUCAUCAUCAUCUGAUUAUGAACAACAAAUUGAUUCAGAUGAUUUAUUAUCCAAUAACUUGAAUGAUAUCAGCAAUAGCUUUUGUAAAUUUAAAUUAUCAACGAAACAUGAUGAAUCAGAUGAGUCUGAGUCUGAUGACGAUGACGAUGACGAUUUACAAGAAAAAGGUCCAGUAAGAUCACAAAUGGUAUAUUCAAGACAACAACCAUACAAUAAUUUUUAUGAUAAUAAUUCAUUUGAUGCUGAACAAAUAGAUCUUGAUAUAGCACAAAAAAUAUACAGUAAUUCACAAUACUGCUGUGUAAUUAAUGCAAGUCUAGAUAAAUUAACAAAUUGUCAACAGACUCAAGAAAGCUUAACAAACAAUUAUUUAUCUGUUAAUAAUUCUUGCCAAUUUGACAACAACAUAAACGAGAUAAAUAAUAAUGGAGUAGAAGAAAAAUAUGAAUUUGAUGGUCCAUUAAAUGACAUAUUAAAUAGUUAUCAACAAGCACAACCUGAAACAAUAAAUUAUCAAAAUUCAUCACCAUCAACAAGUUCAGAAAAUUGGCCAGAUUCACCAGUAUCAAGUAAUUAUUUUCAACAAACAUCAAAUUCACAAAGUUAUACAUCAAGUCGUCCACAUACACCAUUAUCAUUAAUCAAUAUGGAUUCACCAAAUACAACAAUUAAUUUAUCAAAUACAUCAUCACCAAUACAACGUAAAUUAAAUUAUUAUCAUUGUAAUUAUCGUAAAACACCACAAUCAUCAUCAUCAUCAUCAAAUUAUUCACAAUGUGAUACACCAAGUCCAAAAAAUUAUCAAAAUUUAAUUGAUAAUCAAAAUGAUGAAGAAAAAUUUGAUAAUUUUCAACAAUCAACAUGGUAUGAAAAUUGUGAAACAACAAAUAAUAUUAAUGAUAAAUUAAAAAUAAUAAAUAUUAAUAAUAAUUAUAUUGAUAAUAAUAAUAAUGAUAAUAAUUAUGAAAAAAAUCAUGAAUGUGAUAUAAAAAAUUUAAAUGACAUAAAAUUAGAAUAUAAAUACAAAGACUAUAAUAAUUUAUCAACAAUUGAUAAUAAUUAUAAUAAUACAGAAAAUAAUAAUUUCAAUUAUGAUAAUGAUUUCGAUAAUUUUUUAACAAAUCAAAUUGAUAUUAAUCAUUUGGAUAAUGUUAUUGAUGAUUUAGAAAUUAAAACAGAAGAUAUUAUAUCAACAAAUUAUUUGAACAAUCAAUAUAAUAUUGUUAAUAAUAAUAAUACAUUAUAUAAUGAUAAUUAUCAUAGUUUAACAACACAAACAAAUAUGUCUGAAUUGAAAAUUAAUCAACAGCAACAACAAAAAUGGUAUGAUGAAAAUAAUAAAAAGUUAUUUAAUAAUUUUCAAAUACCAAAACCAAUGAAACAACAAAAACAAUACAAAACAAUGAAACAAAAAAAAAAUAAAUAUGAUCCAUGGAAAUCAUUGAGUAUGCCAAAAAUAUCAUCGAGUAAAAUAUUAAAAUCGAAAUUAAAUGAUUGUGAUGUUGCAAGAGCUAUGAAGGAUUUAUUACAAGUAUCAAUACAAGAAUUAUCAAGAGCUGAUGAUGAUGGUUAUACAAAAUUGAUGUGUCUCGUUGGUAAUCCAAUUGAAUUUAAUAAAAAGAAAGAAUUUUUAGUACCACUUGUUGAGAGAUUGUCAAUGAUACAUGAUGGUCUAACAAAAAUGAAUAAUUAUGGUCAAGAUGCACUUUAUAUUGCAUCAAUAAAUUAUCCAAAAAUGUAUUAUGUUGCUGGUUAUCUUGCUGGUGUUAUGGUUGAUAAAGGAAUUGACAUUAGUCGUCCAAUUUAUACCAAGGGUAAUAAUUUGAUACAUGAGCUUGCAAAAAAAGGUGAUGCUUACAAGCCAGUAUUGAUUGAACUUUUAUCGUUAAAAACAAUUGAAGGGAAAUCAGUUUUUGAUUUAUCGAAAUGUAACUUUGAUGGUAAGACACCUCUUCAUGUUGCUGUUGAAGCACAUGAUCCAUCAAAGAGGGGAACAAGUACAAUAGAAAUUAUUCGUUUGUUUAUUGAAAGGGGUUGUGAUUGUAAAAUUAGAGAAUAUACAAAUGGUAAUACAGCACUUCAUAUUGCAAUUUCAAAAAAUUGUGAUCCAAUACUUGUACAGGCAUUGUUGGAAAAAAAUGGCUGUGAUGCUGUUAAUAUUCAAAAUAAAAAUAAUAAUACACCACUUCAUAUGAUUGCAUUAUUAUCAGACGAAUUAUCAUUAAAUAUACAAAGUAAUAUUUGCAUGCAAUUGAUAAAAACAGGUGCUCAAACAAAUGUUAAAAAUAACAAUGGACAAUUACCCUUGACAAUUGUCACAACAAAAAGAAAAGAAUUUAUUCAAAAAAUAUUUCAUGAAUCAUAAUUUUUAAAAAAUAUUGUUAACCAAUAUGUUAAUAUUAUUUUAAAAAAUACAUUUUAAAUAAUUAAAAUUAUAAUAUUAAUUUUUUAAAAUUAUUAUUAUCAUUUUUUUUUUCGUUUUUUUUAUUGAAUUUUUUUUUUUUAAAUAAAUUUUUGUAACAUGACAGAUAUUUAUAUUUUCUUGUUAAAUCAAUUUGAUAUACCAAAGAAAAUAAAUAACUAAAAAUUGCCAUUAAAACUAUUUUAAUUAUUAUUUUAAAAUAUUUUAAUAACAAUUUAAGAUUUUAGCUUUAAGAUUUUAAAAAAAAUUUGGAAAAAUAUUGUGUGUAACCAAAGACGUACAGAAUUAAAUAUUUCUGUUAAAUAAAUAAUUAAUUUAAAUAAUAAAUAAACUAUUUGAUAUGAAAAAAUUAAUAAAAUAAUUUAUUUCAAUCUAAAAAAAAAAAUAUAUUAAUAGUAAUAUAGAUAUUUUUUAAGACUGAAAUUUGGAAUGAAAAAAAAUAAAAUAUUAAUUGAUUAAAUAAAUUGUUAACAUUUAAUUUAAUUAAAAAAAUUAAAUCGUAUUGAAUAGAAUGAAAGAGAGAGAGAGAAAAAAAAAACAAUUAUUAAAAUUAUAGAAAAAAAAAUAUAAGAUAAACGUGUGAGAAUUGGAGCAAAUUUAUAAUUGUAAAAAUAUUAUUUUAAAUUUUAAAUUAAUAUUAAAAAAAUAUUUACACAAAUAAAUAAUUUUAUUAAUAAAAAAUAAAUCAUAAAUGAUAAAAAAAUGCUCAAUAAAAUAAUAAAUAAAUUAAUUAAAAA